UAAGGCUUGGCCUACGUGGCAGCCGACUAGAAGCCAGGCCGGCCGCCGGGCACUUCCUGUGGAGGCCGCAAAGGGCGCGGGUGCCGAAGGGGCGGACGCGGAGCGAGCGAGCGAGUGAGCCGAGCCUCCCGCCGCCGCCAUGGGCCAGAACGACCUGAUGGGCACGGCCGAGGACUUCGCCGACCAGUUCCUCCGCGUCACGAAACAGUACCUGCCGCACGUGGCGCGGCUCUGCCUGAUCAGCACCUUCCUGGAGGACGGCGUGCGCAUGUGGUUCCAGUGGGGCGAGCAGCGGGACUACAUCGACAGCACCUGGGGCUGCGGCUACCUGGUGGCCUCCACCUUCGUGCUCCUCAACCUGCUCGGGCAGCUAACCGGCUGCAUCCUGGUGCUGAGCAGGAACUUCGUGCAGUACGCCUGCUUUGGGCUCUUCGGGAUCAUAGCACUGCAGACGAUCGCCUACAGCAUCUUAUGGGACCUGAAGUUUCUGAUGAGGAACCUGGCCCUGGGGGGCGGCCUGCUGCUGCUGCUGGCAGAGUCCCGCUCGGAGGGGAAGAGCAUGUUCGCGGGCGUGCCCACCGUGCGGGAGAGCUCCCCCCGGCAGUACAUGCAGCUGGGUGGCCGGGUGCUGCUGGUGCUCAUGUUCAUGACCCUGCUGCACUUCGACGCCAGCUUCUUCUCUAUCCUGCAGAACAUCGUGGGCACUGCCCUGAUGAUCUUAGUGGCAGUCGGCUUCAAAACGAAGCUGGCCGCCUUGACCCUGGUUGUCUGGCUGUUCGCCGUGAACGUGUACUUCAACGCCUUCUGGACCGUGCCCGUCUACAAGCCCAUGCACGACUUCCUCAAGUAUGACUUCUUCCAGACCAUGUCGGUGAUCGGGGGCCUGCUCCUGGUGGUGGCCCUGGGCCCCGGUGGCGUCUCCAUGGACGAGAAGAAGAAGGAGUGGUAGCGAGCCCCGUGGCCGUGGAGGACCGGUUCCAGGGACAGCACCUACGCACCCUGCCCCCUCCCCACUCCGUAAAGGCACAGAUGUUUGAGAACUUUCUUUGUAGACACCUGAAAACUGAUGGCCAAAUCUGCUCUACGCCCACCCCUGGCGGCCUGACCAUUUGGUGCCGGCCGGACGGCGAGCACAGCCCUUCCCCAGCAAGGUGUCGGCCCGCCUCCGCCGCUUGGCACAGGCGGCUGGGCGGCCACACCUCCUCCUGUCCAGUCUCUCUCUUGGGUGAUGGGGGCCUUCAAGCUGUACUGUGAGCAGAUACAUCUGUGUAUCCUUCAAAGCAGUCUCCCUCUUAUUUUUUUUAAGGUUUACGUUUUUAGCUAAAACUACUAAAUGAUCUAUUUCGGAUGGCCCAGCCACACCUCAAACACUGUCGAACUCCCUGGUUCAGAACCGCCCCGUGGUUUCCACGGUGCCUCUGCCUUGUAACAUGUCCUAGGGGUGGUGGGAAAGUUUAGAGGAACCCCAACCCCCCAGAACCAGGUGGUACUAGAGGGGCUGCUCACAGUUCCUGGUCAAAGUCAUUGAUGAACCAGAAAACUGGCCUGGACCGAUGUAGUUCACACCGGGUCACACCCUGGGAGCCAAAGGGGCUCACGGUGGGGAUGAGGUUCUGGUGGAGCCCGGGGCUGCCACCACGGUGGCAGAGCCAGGCAGCGCUGGCCCACGGAGCAGACGCCUCACACUCGGCCUUUUCACACCUGGUGGGCGGUGGGCAGAGCCCGCCCUGGCUGGGCGCCACCUGAGUUUUCCCUUUGGCCUGAGGGUCCUCCCAGGGCACGUGGCCACGGCUGCGUGUCCACGCGGCUGUUGCCCGAGCAGAGCACUCUGCGUGCUUUGCUGACUGCAGCCCAAAUCUCUGCGCCUUGUGACGAUGCCUGACCGACUCGGACCCGACACCCGUGGCCGAGGUUUUCGGAUGUGGCCUUGCGCUGCGUCUCUGUGGGCGUGAGUGCUGCGCACUGUCCUGCACCCAUCCACGUCCCGGCAAAGGCCACCAGGGGAGCCGGGACACCCCAGGUCCUUCAGGGGCAGGCCCCUGUGGCCAGGCCAGCCAGACGUGGAAGGGGGCCCGUGGCCUUUCAGAGCCUGCCCUUGGGGCUUGGCUUUCCCUGGCCAUCAGCUCUGUACAAGCCUGGGGUCCCCAGGGUGGCCAGGGGUCUGGGCCGUCUCUGCCUUCCAGACCAGCCGGCGUGCUGCACAGCCUCCGAGCCCCAGGGCGCUGCUCAGGGAGGGGAGGCUGCCUUUCGCCCACCAGGGCCCUUAGAACCAUACCUGGCUCUGUGGCCCGAGCCCACCUGUCACAGCAGACUCAUCCCGAGUGUUACCUAGACAAAGCCGUGGCUGCAGGACAGGGCAUCUCUGCUCCUGGUCACUCGCUACCUAGAGUAUUUGCUUUCUGACUCUGCCUGGGCCCAGGGGCCUCUUGUCCACCACCCCCAACACAGCCUGCCAGCUCCACUGAACGGCACUCCCCAGCCCCGAGACCUCUGUGGGUCUGUGGAGGCAGGCGCAGCCAGGAGGCGUGGCCCCCUAGUCGCCGGCAGGAGGUUGCGGCCCGGGUUGGGGCAGGUGCUGUUGCGGGAACAGGAAGCGAUCGACCAGUUGGUAUUGGCAAAGAUGAUUUCUGAAAAUAUUUUUUGCUUUAUGAGGGAAAAUAGGUAUCAAUCUCAUCAUAUGCUGUAUUUUGUAUCUUAGUUGUGUUCGAAAACAUUUUGAUUUUUGGAAACACCAAAAUAAACAAUGGCGUUUGUUGCA